AUGGCGUCAGUCUACGAUUCUGAUUCUCGUCCACCAUACAUGUCUUCAUAUGCGCAUGAAGAAGCGUGGGGCCAAACGGCCAUCACUCACCAAAAAACUUCUUUCUCAUCCCGAAAGAAGGAAUACUCUCUUCUGACGAAAUGCGUCGCCGAGUUUCUCGGUGAUCUCACUUUCGUUUAUGUUGGUACCAUGCAGGCUCAUCUGUUCCCAUUCGCAGAUGAUAUCCUUCAUGCCGCCUUCGCUCAUGGACUAACAAUUUUCAUUCUAGCCACAGCAUUCGGUCAUAUCAGCGGUGGACACUUCAACCCAGCAGUAUCAUGGGCCGUCGCUGGAGCCGGAAAGAUGCCAAUAUGGCAUCUCCCAUUCUACGUGGUAUCUCAACUUUUUGGUGGAUUCUGUGGAGCAAUGCUGACAGCGUCUAUUCUGACACAAACACAAUUGUCUGCUUGCUCAGCAGGUGCAACUCUUGUCACGGAGGGAACUCAGUGGUGGCAAGGAUUAAUUGCGGAAACUGUGGUUACCUUCUUCCUGGUUCACACUAUUUUGAUCACAGCUGCUGACACGGACACUGUGACACUGGCUCCCCUUGCCAUUGGUCUCACUCUCUCAAUUGAUAUCCUGUCAACUGGAUCCAUCACCGGCGCCUCCAUGAAUCCAGCCCGUUCUCUUGGUCCCAGCAUCGUUGGAACAAUCUUCGCCACUCAACCAACGUAUUACUAUUGGACGUAUCACUAUAUUUACUGGGCUGGACCACUUCUAGGAUCCACGAUCGCUCUUUGCAUUUACAAACUUUUCGAAGCUCGAGAAGACAGAAUCGUUCCAUGA